AUGGAUAGGAAGAGCAAGGGUCGUCAAAAGAUUGAGAUGAUAAAGAUGAGUAACGAAAUCAACCUCCAAGUAAUUUUCUCAAAACGAAGAGCUGGUCUUUCUAAGAAAGCUAGUGAAUGGUCCACUCUUUGUGGCGUCGACAUUGCAAUUAUUAUUUUUUCCCCCAGUAAAAAGGCUUUUUCUUUUGCUCAUCCUUGUGUUGAAAAAGUGAUUGAAGAUUUCAUUUGUGGUAAUCCUCCACGAGAUACUUCAGGAGCCAUGACACUCAUUGAGGUUCACUGCAACUCAAGGAUACAUGAGCUCAAUAUGAUCCUCACACAGGUCAUGAAUCAACUGGAAAUCGAGAAAAAUCGCAAUGCAGAGCUUAAGGAAAUACAAAAAAUAUGUGAGAACAUUUUUGAGGAAUUGAAGAAGAAAGUUACUAAAGAAGCUGAGAUGAUUAUAAUUCAGAACAAAUUAAACAUGAUGCCUCAUGUAUUAAACGACCCAAACACGAUGCCUAAUGUGUUCAACGAUAAUCCCAAUAUUAUGGCGAGAAAGAGUAAGGGACGAAAAAAGGUUGAGAUGGUGAAGAUGAAUAAUGAAAGCAAUCUCCAAGUCACUUUCUCCAAACGCCGAGCCGGACUUUUCAAGAAGGCAAGUGAAUUGAGCACUCUAUGUGGGGCUGAGAUUGCUAUUAUCGUCUUCUCACUAGGUCAAAAGGUCUUUUCUUUUGGUCAUCCUUGUGUCGAGACUGUGUUGGAACGUUUUGUUAGUGGUAGUCCACCACAAGCUACUUCUGGAACCAUGAAACUCAUUGAGGCUCAUCGGAACGCUAGCGUCCGUAAGCUCAACAUGCAGCUCACUCAGUUUCUGAACCAACUCGAAAUCGAGAAGAAGCGAGGCGAGGAGCUUAACCAUAUGAAAAAGACAAAUGAGAAUCAAUGUUGGUGGAUGGCUCCCAAGGAAGAUAUGAGCUUAACACUUCAACAAUUGAAGGCCUCUCUCGAUGAGAUAAAGAAGAAUUUGGCUAAGCAUGCUGAGAAGAUUAUGAUUCGUUUUCCUUUUGAUACAAAGCCUGCUGGAUUUAGUUCUAACAUCGUUCCAUUAAACAAUCCAAACGUGGUGCCUCCAAAGUAUCAUUGA